AUGCAGAGCCUUAAGCCUGUGAUAUCGCCUAAAUUGGGCUCGGUACGCUCGUCGUCUCAUAUGCGGAUCCAGAGCCUGUUCAAUCGAAACAGUACUUGGCGAGCUGUAUUUGUGAUCACAUUUUUCUUGCGGGUAUAUCUAGCGAUAUCGCCUUCUUAUAUCCAUCCAGAUGAACAUUUUCAGGGUCCAGAAGCUGUAGCUGAUAAGGUGUUUGGCUGGGCCACGAAAAUAUCAUGGGAAUUCUCUUCAGAAGCCCCAGUACGUAGUUAUGUUUCGGUAUGGUUGGCAUAUGGUCUACCAAUGACUAUAUUCCAGGCACUUUUGGGCCAUUCUCAUAUUGGGACUGUGACUCCGGAGACUAUGUUUUUGACAUUGCGUUUGGCUUUUGCCACUGCCACCUGGACACUGACUGAUAUGGCCAUUGACAGACUGUCAGACUCAAAAAAUGAUAAAUUAAAGGGUCUAUUUUUUGUGUCGACCUCAUAUGUCACAUGGACCUAUCAAUCACACACGUUUUCCAACUCUGUAGAGACUGUCAUUGUACUGUGGUGUCUAGUAAUUAUUCAUGAGUUCACUAAUGACCGGGCCACUAAUAAUUCACUUGUGCGACACUGGGAUAUUGCUUUAUUGGGUAUAAUGAUUGCUCUUGGUACGUUCAACAGGCCCACAUUCCCAGCAUUUAUUAUCUUUCCCAUCAUGAGAUUAUCACGGGUGUUUUAUAAAUUCCCCUGGACAAAUAUCACAUUUCUGUUCUGUGCAGGAACCACUACUUUAAUAUGUAUCUACAUCGAUACGAUCCUGUACGGAGUAGAACCACAACCUCUUAGCACGGUUAUGAACUCGCUUUGGUCAGCGAUUCUAGCACCAUCGACCGCUCUGGAUGCAUUGGCAUCUACUGGUUAUGUCAUUGCACCACUUAAUAAUAUCCUAUACAACACCCAAUUAUCUAAUCUCAGCAUUCAUGGCUUGCAUUCUCGAUUCCACCAUGUCCUGGUUAAUUUGCCUGAAUUGCUUGGUCCAGGACUCAUAUUUUUAUUUUCGAGAAAAUAUCUCUGCUCUAUUCCUCUCCAAUCGGCUCUUGGUGGUAUUACCGUUCUUUCCAUUAUUCCACAUCAAGAAGCACGAUUCUUACUACCAGUCGUGCCUUUGUUAUGCUGGUCUUUCGACCCUGAGGUUCUCCGGUCUAUCAAGUGUGCAAAGAUAGUUGUCCGAGCAUGGCUAGUAUUUAAUCUAGCUAUGGGCAUUCUCAUGGGAUACUUCCACCAAGCUGGUGUAGUACCGGCCCAAUCCUUUUUAGGUGAACAUUUGGCACAUGAUGCUCAUACCAUUACCUGGUGGAAGACAUAUUCACCACCGAUAUGGAUUCUUGGCCAGCCUGUGGGUUCAGUCCAGAUGCUAGAUCCACUUUCCGAAGGUGAUUCUGAUCGUGAGCGUUAUCAGCCCAUUCUGGACGAGCUAGCUACAGGCGGUGUAAAGAAGUCGCAUGUGUUCUCUAACAUUAUUGGAUCAGAUGGUCCAUUGAUCUCGGUACUGGACCUAAUGGGUGCUGAUACAGGCGUUGUACACGAUAUCGUAACAGCAGCUGUUGACAGCAGCCCAUCUUCUAAGCAUAACUACUUUGUAGCCCCAGCAUCGACCCUGCGGAAUGCCUCCUGUCCGAACGAGAUUCUCGGCACCUCGCUCAACUUCACCGAAGUGUGGUCCACAUCCAAGCAUCUGUCCAUGGAGACACUCGACUGGAGCGACUUCUCCACGCUCCGACCCGGCCUCAAAGUGUGGCUCGUCGAAAAGUAUUAG